UAUCUCUACAUCUCUAUAUAUACCCUAAUUCUAUCCACCCUUCCGCACAUUGCUUUGGUCUUCUUUUCAAAUCCUACUGAUUGUAUUCGCGUCGUUUGAGAGCUUGCUUGCUUUGCUUAGGAAAAAAAAAAGUGUAGAUUCUGGCCUGUGGAAAGUGUAGAUUUUGCGUCUGAGGCAAAGAUUGUAGCUUGCCCAAUUCGAGAAAGAGAGUCCCUUAACUGCAAAACCCACAUUCUGGCACGUCUUUUGAAAGGCUUCCCAGAUCACACCCUUUCUUUUUAAGGAGCUUAUAAGCUCCCCCCCCAACCCGCCCGUGGUUAUAUUCAGCAUUCCACCCAUGGAAAACCAAGUAAAUUGGCUCAUAGAAAACCGGACUUCUGUUCUGGUAUUGAUCUUUGUGAUCGCCAGGCUGAUUUCUGCAGUAGGUUUGACGUUAGAUUUAGCAGUCUGUAAGGGGUGUUUGUCUCUCACAAUGCUCGAUUUGGAGGGACACAUCGAUUUCCACAACACCCAGGUCGCUGCUACUGAUUUUGGGAACCACAAAACAGCUCUUCCUGCUGGUGUCCUCUAUCCUCGUUCCGUAGCCGACGUUGCCUCUCUGGUUACAUCGAUUUAUAAGCUGUCGGGCGGGGGUUCGAAUCUCACCGUCGCCGCCAGAGGCCACGCACAUUCUCUCAACGGGCAGGCCCAGGCAGAAGGUGGAAUUGUGAUCAACAUGGGGUCGAUGAAGGGUGGAAUAAGAGUUGACAAGAAAGGGAUGUAUGCAGAGGUGAGUGGGGGAGAGCUGUGGAUUGAGCUUCUCAAUGCGACUCUGGAGGUCGGAUUGGCUCCCAAGUCAUGGACAGACUAUCUCUAUCUCACCGUUGGAGGGACGCUCUCUAACGCUGGCGUUAGCGGCCAAGCUUUCCGCCAUGGUCCCCAGAUAACCAACGUUUAUCACCUCGAAGUCGUCACUGGGAAAGGUGACGUCUUGACUUGUUCCAAACAUCACAAUGCCCAGCUAUUUCAUGCAGUCCUUGGCGGAUUGGGCCAGUUUGGCAUCAUCACCAAAGCUACGGUUGCUCUCGAGCCUGCACCCCACAGAGUGAAAUGGAUAAGAGUUUUGUACUCAGACUUCAAGACAUUUACCCAAGAUCAGGAGAAUCUAAUCUCCCGCCCGGAGGAGGGGGAACUCACGUUCGAUUACGUUGAAGGAUUCGUAAUUGUCAACAAUGGAGGACUGCUUAGCAAUUGGAGGUCGUCGUUUUUCUCGCCGCAAAAUCCAGUGAAAGUGAGCAGCCUAAACACCACUGGCCGCGUCUUAUACUGCUUGGAAAUGACCCUCAAUUACAUGCACGAGAAUUUUGACAAGGUUGAUGAGGAUGUUACGUGGCUGUUAUCAUCUCUGCACUUCAUCCCAGGAUCGGUAUUUAUGACGGAUCUGUCAUACGUGGAGUUCCUGGAUAGGGUUCACACGUCCGAGAUUAAACUGCAAAAGCAAGGACUCUGGGACGUACCCCACCCAUGGCUGAAUCUCAUGGUACCCAAGUCAAAAAUUCAUGAAUUCGAUGCACGAGUCUUCAAAGACAUUCUGCGUAACACCAGCAGCGGCCCUAUUCUCAUUUACCCAAUGAACCGCAACAAGUGGGAUGAUAAAAUGUCGGCGGUGACACCAGAAGAGGAUAUAUUCUACCUGGUGGGAUUGCUGCGCUCUGCACUGCGUUCUGAAAGAAGAGGAGGACCCAACAGCGAAGAGUUCCUGAGGGAUCAAAAUGAAAGAAUACUGGAUUUCUGCAACAGAGAAGGAAUGGGUGUGAAACAGUAUCUUCCUCAAUACAGCACAGAGUCGGAGUGGAAGAAGCAUUUUGGCGGCAAAUGGAACAGAUUCUCAGAAUGGAAAGCAACAUACGAUCCAAGCGCAAUUUUAGCUCCUGGGCAGAGAAUUUUCUCUCGCCCCGCUAGAUCCCCGCUCGCAUUAUAAUAUGCUGCAUCACAUGAUAUAAUUCAAUAUAAGUUUUGAUCUGCUGAGCAUCUAGCUAGUAGAAUCCUGUAAUGUACUCAUUGUAAAUAUGAAUCAAAGUAGCCAAUUUUGUCUGUCUUGUCUGGCAUCGCUGGCAAGAUGAUAAUUAAUUAUAUACAAAUGACAGAGAAAGCAAAUGGAAGAUUUGCUUUGCAGAAGGUGUGGCAGAUCAUUGUUUUUCUUCCCACUUGAGAGCAUUACGUGAGACCCGUGCACAUGUGACGCCAACACAUCAAUCAUUACGCUAAAUUAGUGGGAAAAGCUGCCGUUGCCGUUUGUUUCUACUGCUAAUAUAUUUGGCUUUUACCUAGCUAGCAGUCUGUAACUGCUGUGCUUCUCACAGAGAAUAUAUGUAUGUUUAUCACAUGUAAUGAAAUCUAGUCAAAGAAAGGAUGGAUAUAUACUUAGCUAAUGAAAACUUUUGUUUGAAA